UCUCGGCUGAAGAAAGAAGAAAUGCAGUAAUUUAUCUUCUUUUAUUACAGAUUAAAAUGGGCUGCUUCACAUUCAUCAAAUUGAUGAUGGUCGUGUUCAACUUGCUUAUCUUUCUGGGAGGCCUGACCCUGCUGGCCAUGGGGAUCUGGGUGAGCGUAGACGGGAGCUCCUUCCUCCAGCUGCUGGGGCCGUUCUCCGGUCAGGGCAUGCAGUUCAUCAACGUGGUCAUAUUCUGCAUUUCCAUCGGGGCCGUGCUGGUGCUGCUGGGGUCCCUGGGCUGGUGUGGGGCCCACAAGGAGAGCAAGUGUCUCCUGCUCACGUUCUUCUCCAUUGUCCUCAUCAUAUUCACCGCUGAAGUGGCUGCUGGAGUCGUGGUUCUGGUCUACUCUUCAUAUGCUGAGGGGAUCAUUAGAGAGUGGGCCGUCCCGUCUUUACAGAAGGAUUACGGCAGUGACCCCGUGGUCACUAAGAUCUGGAACACCACCAUGACAGAGAUCAAGUGCUGCGGUUUCACCAACUACACCGACUUUGUGGGAUCUAAGUUUGAAGUAGAGAAUGGAGGCAGCCUGCCGCCCAGCUGCUGCCGGACUAACAGCACCCCCUGCAGCCUGGAAGAGGCAAAGAGCAGCGCUGUGCAGGGCUGUUUCAGAGACAUCGUGGCGAUGGUCCAGAAGCACGCCAACACCGUGGGAGGCGUCGCGGCGGGGAUAGGAGUCUUGGAGAUUGCUGCCAUGACCGUGUCCAUUUACCUCUACUGCCACCUGGAUGACUAA